AUGACGACAAAUCCAAUAAGCGGUUCUCUCAUCUCAUCGGCAGUAGAAUCAUCAGAAACUCCUCCUUCUGCCUCACCUUUAUCCAUUCUCUCCAAUGCCACUGCUUCGGUAGCCGCAAAUGGGACACUGCAGCAACGACGACGACAGCAUCAACAACAACCACCAGAACCACCACAGAAAUCAGCCUCCAGGACUCGUCAGUUUUGGGCCAUACGAAGAUGCGAGGGUUUGCAUUCGCCAGCCAUCUUUUCCAAUUGGGAAGAUUGCUCUGUGUACGUGGAUCCCAUGGAGAAUGAUGGUUCGGUAGUCGAAUUCAAGUCGUUCCCAACCAUCCAAGAGGCUGGUGCGUAUGCCUUUGGAAAAGAUGAGAAAAGCGGCGGUGUGGAAGGGCGAACGAAGUAUGCAUCACAGCAGGAGCAAUCACAGCAGCAAUCAUCAUCCUCCUCCUCUUCCUCUCGUCCAUUGCCAAAUACAGCAGUAUCGCCUGCUGCUCCCAUCAGCCGCCAUUCAGUAGCAGCAACAAUGCCGAACACAAUGUCCGGUACUGCUGCUUCUAGUACCACCAACAAAAAGACUACUACAAUUACACCCAUUGCACAGUCCAAGGCUAACAACAACAGCAGCAACAACAACAACAGCAACGAAGAUGCUGCCGAAUGGAAUGGGAGUCUGGCUCUUACGUCAUCAGAUGAUGAUGACAAUGAGAAUGAGAAUGAGAAUAAUAAUAAUAAUCACAAUGAGCAGGCCCAAACUACUCCCCCAGCCGUGACACCCACGGAAAUGGAUACUAUGGAUGGUGGCGAUGCUACUACUACUAUGGAUGGCACUUCUGCUGAUGGGAUGCGUGGCGGAAGGAACUAUCGGAGAAGUGUCAAUACUACCUACAGCAGCGGUGAAGAUGAACCAGUCGAAGAAAGUGCUGGAAAGGAUCCUGUAGAGCCAUCAAGUGACGAUGUACUAUGUGGAAGAGGGGGUCUCACCAAUCAUCAUCCUGGUAACAAACGAUUCCGUUCCAUUGUCAAGCAAUAUCAACAAGAAUACUUGCGAGCGGAUCGGGGCAAAAAGGCAUCCUUUGGACACAAGAUCUAUUCCGAAAUCCAAUCGCACCAAGGGCGCUUCUUGCAACGGAUACCAAAAGGUCGUUCUAAUAAUAAUAAUAAUAAGAACAGUGCUGCUUCAAAGUUGAAGCAAUGGUACGACAUUGGCAAGGUUCGAGCCAUUGCCAAGAUUUGUCAGGCCUUGAGGGAGGAUGCACCCACCAUUCGUGGGGGCAAGAGACAACAGAAUCGAUCACAACAACAGCAAAACGAACAGCAUCAACCACAAGAUCCACAGCAACAACAACAGCAGCAGCAACAACAGCAACCUGAUGGUUCCAACAGUCUCAAGCGUCCGCUACCCCAAGACACUACCGAAACGCCACAGCUUGCACCUGUUGCCCCCAUGACGUCCACUCCAGUCAUGUCGACACCAACAAAUCACCACCAUCGGCAUCAUCAUCAUCAUAUGACACCACCACCACCGCCACCAGAAAUGGCAAUGUAUUAUCAAUCUCAGCCACCCCAACCACCACAUAUACCGCAUCAUCAUCCUUACAUGCAGCAGCAACAACAACACCAUCAUCAACAACAACAACAUCAUUGUCACUAUCCUUCUCCCGCCGCGGUCCAUCAUCCUCCUCCUCCUCCUGGUAGGCCCUCGGAGGCUUCGCCUCCAGCAGCACCUCCACAGAAAAUGCAAAAGCGGCUAUCGCACCUCGACCAGCUGUUGGCCGCGGCCAACAUGGCCCAAGCUCCGACAGUGGCGUCUCCUUCCGCGGGACCAUCUUCCCAAUCGUCGCAAGCCGCCUCUUCACCAUCACCAUCCACAUCCACAACCACAACGUUUGGACCCAUGUUGGGAACCCCCACCACCACGGCGUCCAAAUCUCAAAAAACGAAUGAAUUUCCGUCGGCCUCCCAUACAUCUCCACAUGUGGUAAUGUUCAUGAAGAGCUGCGUCCCACUCCAAGGUGCCCCGCCUCCAUACUUUCAAGGCAAUAUGGAUGUAGCUGCUCAAUUGAAUCUACCCGAAUUUAUGAUGUUGGCCAACUACCCCAACAUUGCGCAAAAUCAAUGCAAAAUGUGCGGAUUGGAACGCGCUCUCAAAUCCAAAGCCUCCAAGCCAUCCGCCAAGAAGGAUCUCCAAAAGGAACCCACCAUUCCUUCUCAAAACAAGGGAGUUUGCACUGCCUGUGACAGUCAGAUUUGGGUGAUUGUGGACGAACGACCCGAAGCCGCUCCUUUGAAGGGCAAUCAAAUCAAAUGGUGCAAGGGUUGCAAGAACUUUCGGCCGUGGGCUAGUUUUGGAUUCAAGGGGAGUGCCACCAAGUGUGCUCCCUGUCGGGAAUCCCAAGCGGAACGAUACAAGGGACGAAAACAGCAGCAGCAGCAGCAGCAGAAACAACAAACCGUGACGACACCACCAGGAACAACAACCACAACAACGCCACCACCGAAAAGUAGUAAUAGUAGCGUGUAG